GCAUCUGAAGCAGUGGAGGAUAUGUGAUCGCGCAUAUAGUGUAGAAAACACUUGUCGCUCGAAUCUUGUGUUGUAACGUGGCUGCUGUCGUCUGUUUGUGUCUUUAAUUGUUAAAAAAAUAAAAAAUAAUAUAAAAUUCAGAAAAUAAUGUCCAAGAACGAGGAUACACCGAUUGCUAAACGCAACUCGGAUCGGACGCGUCGGAGCAACUAUGGCACGGCUCCCUCGUUCCACCUGCUGGAGCAGGGACAACCAGGUGCGAACGGAGGCAUUGGCAAUGGCAACAACAAUCACCCGGCAACGCCCUCGACACCUGCGCAAAUUUUUUGUUUACACGGGCGGUCCAACAACGUUGAAGUCCGAGAUCACUGUCAUCGGGCCCGCAGCGAGGGCGUGGACGUGAAGGCUCGCCGGAAACUGAUCAUAGCUAGCAUCCUCUGUUUGGUCUUCAUGAUUGCCGAAAUCGUGGGUGGCGUCCUAUCGAACAGUCUGGCCAUCGCAACAGACGCCGCACAUUUGCUCACCGAUUUCGCCAGUUUUAUGAUCUCGUUGUUUGCCAUCUGGAUUGCCGGACGCCCAUCUACGCAGCGGAUGUCCUUCGGCUGGUAUCGGGCUGAGGUUAUUGGCGCCAUGGCCUCCGUCUUCAUGAUCUGGGUCAUCACAGGGAUUCUCGUCUGGCUGGCCAUCGGACGUCUAAUUAGCGGCGACUAUGAAGUGAAUGCGAAGAUCAUGCUGAUCACCUCGGGCCUGGCUAUCUUGGUAAAUGUCAUAAUGGGCGUCCAACUGCAGCACGGUCAUUCGCAUGGCUUGGGAGGAGGUGGUGGUGGUGGGCAUGGCCACAGCCACGGCGGUGGCUCCAAGAAGCCCAAGAAGAAGACCCCCGCAUCCAUUCCAUCCCACGCCCAUGCCACGUCCACGCCCUGCUCCGCCUCGCCCAACCAGCGGAUUGAGGGGGGCGUGGCCUUUGCGCCCGAGGAUGCCGAAUUGCCCGGCAGCGGACUGCCAACGUUCUCCUACCAAAAUGCCAAGCUGGUGGAUCCCGCUUUGGAUUUGGAAAUUGCCGCCGUUUUGGCCGAGACAGCACCCGGAUCACAUCAUCACGGCGGAGCGGCUGGACGCGAGGCGGUCAACAUGAAUGUCCGGGCCGCCCUCAUCCAUGUGAUUGGCGACGUCAUCCAGAGCGUGGGCGUUUUUGUGGCCGCCGGCGUCAUCUACUUUUGGCCGGAGUACUCCAUCGUUGAUCCCAUUUGCACGUUUGUGUUCUCCAUCAUUGUCCUCUUCACCACGUUCACGAUUAUGAAGGAUGCCCUGCUGGUGCUUAUGGAGGGGACGCCCAACUACAUGCACUAUGCCGAGGUGCUGCAGAUAUUCCAAGGCAUCGAGGGCGUUGAGCGGGUGCACAAUUUGCGCAUCUGGGCGCUGAGCAUUAAUAAAGUGGCGCUAUCUGCGCAUUUGGCCAUUGCAACCAAUGCCAAUCCGAAACGAAUCCUGGAUGCAGCCACCUCGGCGGUUCACUUGCGCUACAACUUCUUCGAAACGACCAUCCAGAUCGAGGACUAUGUGGCCACAAUGGAGAAUUGCCAGCAGUGCAAUGUGCCGGAGAAGUAGGACUCUACUGUGCAACACUCUACCCCCAAAUAUGAUAAUAUAAUACGAUGUAUAUUCAAUAUUUAUUUUGCUGUACGUCAGAUAAGAGUGACACCCUGUCCAUGCAUGUAAUGGGUCAACAAAAUCCUGAUGCCGACUAUACCCGGUAAACAAAUCAACUACUUAAUAUAAUAAUAAAAUUGGCGUUGAUUUUUC